AUGGAAUUGGGAAUUGAUGGAAAAAUUGAUUUGAAAAAUUUUGAAGGCUUGGAACAAAUUUAUAAUACGAGUUAUAGGAAUACAAUUGAUUUUCUAACAGAAGAUGCUAUAAUGAAUCAAGAAUUGGGAAAAGUAGAUAAGAAAGAAGCCAUUGCAAAGUUUUCACAUGAGGAAUUACAGAAAUAUUUCGUAUAUAACAACUUGUAUGAAAAAUUAGUAGAAAGUGCAGAUACUAGAUGUAAAUAUUGUUGGAUGCAUUUCAAUCAUUGCCUAUGUGGAAAGCUGAAGCCAUUUACAUUUAAUCCACAUUGGGAAAAGGUGGUAGAAUCUCAGACUGUUGACGUGAAAAAGAUUGAACUCAAUCUUCAUUUACAUUUUCUCAUUCACAAGAAGGAGUUCCACAAGUCGACAAAUAGUUGUAAAAUUCUCUUGCACAGUGACCAAGCUCAAACAACGAACAUGUACAUUGAACAACAUGAUAUGCAUGAACAUGCCAUUGAUAGUCUUGUUGAGAUGACCAAACAACCAUCGGCAAAUCAUUUUGCCUAUGUUCUGUAUCCGUCAGAUGAUUCCACAACAAUAGGUGAAACAUUACCAAAGGAAUUGGAUUCAUUCUAUUCCAAUCUUAACAGUGCAGUGAAGGAAAGACUUUCAGAUGUUAAUGAUUUCCAUUUUCACAUGUUUAUUAGUAAGUUUUAA